UCCAUGUCUGAUUAAUUAGCAAAUGCAUCUGGUGUGCAGUGGAUAGUAGUUGUUACGUUGCAUCCCAGUUCCUAACAAGCAUAAAGUUGAUGCAUGAUCAUUUCUCGACAGCACUGAUCUCGUGCAAGUUAUGAAUUUAACUGUAAUUAGAGCCAGUUCCAGGAGCCAUCUGAAUCAUCUAAUCACAAUCACCACAUGCGCACUGGCACUGAAGAACCAAAACUGAUCUGGAAGUUGACAGGGUGUUGUUUCUUCGGGUUCAUCGGUGUUCUGUCUGCUGACCUGAAUAAAGCCUCCAUCAGACUUACAGUUAUUACGCCAGGCCAGCCAUUUUUUUUGGUCGUUGCUGAUUUAGUCCACACCAAGAACGUGGAACGCAGCUUCGGAUCCCCUUUCCAAUUCCAUCCUCGUUGCGGCAGCGGGAGGGGAACUGGAGCAGCACAUGCAAGAGUCCAGCAGCAAAAUAAUACGCGAGGACGUUCUGCUAGGCAAAGAGAUUUCUUUCCGGAUCUCUAGCCGGACGUUGAGCAGGGUCUCCUAAUUGAAAGCUUUUUUUUGGGGGGCAACUCCUAACUAAAGCUUUUUUUGUUGGGAACUAAUAAUGGAGCGGCUGGCUGUAGUGGCUUCAUUCACUUGGAAGCUGAUUCCGUUCAUCAGCUCAGUCCUUCCACGCUGCCAUCUCCAUUGUUCUCACUUCUCAAAACUGCACCCUUGGGAACGUAUGCGGUAUGCCUCAACGCACUGCCGCUCUCAUCUAGUCCUCACGUCGUAUUCCAGCCUCCUCUGUUCCGAAGCGACGCCCAUGAGAAUUGAGAUGGCAUGGCACUACUAACCAGGAGGGAUUUGGCAUCGACGACUCCUUGUCCGACGACGUCUUCUCCGCCUGGCGCGACCCGGUCCUCUUCUGUACGUCCUGUUUUCGGAUCUGGGCGUGUCUUCCCCAACACCUCUGCUCUGCGCGUUCCUCUGCCGGAUCUUACUCUUUUGAGGAAGUCUCUACAGAUUUGAGCACACGCUCUGGCUGAGUGCCAGCCCUGGUGUGCAUCCGUUUUGUGAUCCAGAAGGAACCUGAACCACUGCGUGACUCGUGAAGAUGGAGUUCGCGUUCAGCGCGGCGCGGUGGGUGGUGGGCAAGGCGCUCGCCCCCGUCGCAGACGGCUUCCUGGAGGCGUGGGCGGCCAGCAAGAAUCUCGGCUCCGAGGUCGAUGGCCUCAUGACGGUGCUGCAGUACGCGCAGGCCAUGCUCAACAACACCCGUGGCAGGGAGAUCGACAACCCGGCCCUUAACGACCUGCUGCUCAAGCUGCGUCUGCUGGCCUACGACGCCGACGACGUGCUCGACGAGCUCGACUACUUCCGCAUCCAGGACGAGCUCGACGGCACCUACCAUGCCGCUAACGAGCACGCCGGGGGAUGCGCCCGUGACCUCCUCCUCAAUGCUCGUCACACUGGAAGAUACGUUGCCAAUAAAUUCAAGCUCUCCUCAGGCUCGCCUGAUGCUACUCCUGGACGACGAUUUCUAUGUGGUGCCUGGCCGUCCAAGGUACCGCAGAGAAGACAAACUGCACAGAUACCAAAAUUGAAGUUUGAUAGGGUGGAUGUAUCUACAAGGAUGACAGAGAUCGUAAAGAAGCUCAAGCCCAUCUGUGCUAUGGUCUCAACCGUUCUUAACCUAGAGCUGAUAGGCUCCAAAGGUAUCACUACCGCCACCAUGGAACGGCCCACAACCAGUGAGGAAAUUACAGAGCCUAAAUUGUAUGGGAGGGAGACAGAGCUACAGAGUGUUGUAGGUUCCAUUACCCAUGGUGAAUGUUUUGCCAAUGAACUUACUGUGCUUCCAAUUGUUGGCCCGGGCGGUAUUGGGAAGACAACUUUCACACAACAUGUAUACCAAGAAGUGAGGAGCCAUUUCCAAGUUACAAUUUGGAUAUGCGUCUCUCUGGAUUUCAAUGCAGAUAGAUUGGCGCAAGAAGCUGUGAAAAAGAUUCCUGAAGUUAAAGAUGAAAACAAAAGUGGUAGUGAUCAAGAGCUAAUUGAGCAAAGAUUAAAAGGUAAACGGUUUUUGCUUGUCCUGGAUGAUAUAUGGAAAUGUCAUGAGUAUGAGUGGGAAAAACUACUAGCACCAUUUAGAAAAGGUGGAGGAACAGGUAAUAUGGUUAUAGUCACAACUCGAAUGUCAGAUGUGGCCAAAAUGGUUAAGACAGGUGAUUCUCAAAUACAAUUGGAUCAUUUAGGAGCUGAAGAUUUUAGGGCUUUCUUUGACGCAUGUGCAUCUACCAAACAUGAGUCAUGGUCAGAUCAUCCUGAGUUAAUUGAAACUGGGGAAGAAAUAAUGGCCAAACUGAAACGUAAUCCUCUUGCAGCAAAAACUGUAGGGAGAUUACUAAGAAAACAGCUCACUUUGGAGCAUUGGAGAAGGGUUCUAGAGAGCAAAGAAUGGGAACUCCAAACCAGUGACAAUGACAUUAUGCCAGCGUUGAAGAUUAGCUAUGAUUAUCUUCCACUUAACCUAAAGCAAUGCUUUUCCUAUUGUGCUUUGUUUCCUGAAGAUUACGAAUUUGACAGCAAAGAGUUAGUUCACUUUUGGAUAGGACUAGAUGUUUUACAUCUGGGUGAUCAGAGCAUAAGAAUAGAAGAUGUUGGCAAGAGUCAUUUGAUUGACUUGGUCAACUAUGGAUUUUUCAAAAGGAACAAAAAAGACAAUGGCUGUCAUUAUUAUGUUAUCCAUGACCUAUUACAUGAGCUGGCCGUGAAAGUUUCACGGUACGAUUGUCUUAGCAUACAAAUAUCUAAAGUGAGGUCUGCACAUAUCCCGGCAUCAGUACGCCACUUGUCUAUCAUUGUGGAUAACAAAGAUGUUGAGGAUAUAAUUACUUAUAAAGACUGUGAGAAGGAUCUUGGUGGACUUGAUAAAAGGCUGCAAAUUGAAAGCAUACGUACAUUGAUGUUGUUUGGUGAAAAUGUGGAGAGUUUUUCCAAAACAUUUGGUAAUUUGUUUAAGAAAGCUAGAGCGCUCCGCGCUAUUUUUUUGCCUGGAGCAUCAUAUAUUGUGGAGGAUAUGUGGCAGAACUUUUCAAAGCUUGUCCAUCUUCGCUACCUAAGGAUUAAGGGGAGAUACCAUUUUCUGGAAACAGACCUACCAGGAACAAUUUCAAGACUAUAUCACUUGAAGAUCCUAGACAUUAAAGAUUCCUGGGGCUGCCCUAUGCCAUCAAGAUAUUUAAGCAACCUCGUAAGCAUGCAACAUUUUCUUGCCCCUGGUUAUAUGAGGCUUCACUCGGACAUUCUCAAUGUGGGAAACCUGAAACUUCUACGAGAACUAAGAUUUGAAGCUAAGAAAGAAAAUAAAGGUUUUGAGUUAGAGCAACUAGCACAACUACUAGAGCUUGAAGUACUGGGCAUUUACAAUCUUGAAAAGGUUAAAGUAAAGGAAGAAGCAAUUGCAAUGAAACUAAUACAAAAACACCGUUUACAAGUGCUCAUGCUAGAUUGGGAUAUUAAUCGCUCCGAUAAGGAUCCUAUUGGAGAAGAGAAUAUCCUUGAAAGUCUUAUGCCACAUAGCAAUCUCUACAAGCUAUCUAUUAGUGGGCAUGGAGGUGACACUUGCCCUUCAUGGCUUGGUAUGAACCUCUCGGUAAAAACUUUGGAAUCUCUUCGGCUGAGUAGUGUAUCUUGGAAAAUAUUUCCACCUCUAGGAGAGAUGUGGUUUGUCGGUGAACAUUGUAAAAGCUGUAUACCAGAACAAAGCUUCAAAAAAUUGAAGAGGCUAGAACUGGAAAAGGUACCAAAAUUGAUAAAAUGGGUUGGAAAUGGCCCUUCUGAUUUGUUCUCUCACUUGGAAGUACUCGUCAUCAAAGACUGCCCAGAACUCAUGGAAUUGCCAUUUUCACAUUGUGCUGGAUAUGAACAAGACGUUGAGGAUAACAUGACCUGGUUUCCUAAACUAGAAAAGCUCGAAAUUACAGAUUGUCCAAAGCUAUCAUCAUUGCCUUGUGUUCCAUGGUCUAGCUCUACUUGCAGAGCUAAGAUUGUACAAGCUGGUUCGGGUAUUGAGGAGCUGUCUUUCGGUGGAUAUUCCUUGGAAAUCAAGGGAAAGGACACAUUGGAUAGUGCUUUUUGGAGGGUGUUAGCCUUUCAUAACCUAUCCAAACUUGAAGUAUUGGAGGUGACGAGAUGCCCUCCUUUGUCACUGGUUCACCUCGAAAAGCUAUCAUCCCUAAGGAGCCUCCGGAUGUAUGAUAUGGGUGAUGCCUUUUUUUCGGCUGAAGGUGAUGGUCAUGCCGGAUAUCGAUUUCCAGUUAAAGACGUCACGAUUGGGCGAUAUGGUGGUAGUGGGCAGCGACUGACACGACUGCUCUCUUACUUCCCAAACCUCCUCUGGUUCAGAAUGUUCCAUUGUGAGAAGUUAACAGGGUUAGGCGUUGUGGGCCUGCAUAAGAGGACGGAAGCACUGCCAAGACCGCCGUCAAUUUCAGUUAACCAAGUUGGACAGCACGAGCAGCGACUGACACGACUGUUCUCUUACUUCCCAAACCUCCUCGGGUUCAGCAUUUGGCUAUCUGAGAAGUUAACAGGGUUAGGCGUUGUGGGCCUGCAUAAGAGGACGGAAGCACUGCCAAGACCGCCGUCAAUUUCAGUUAACCAAGUGGAGGAGGCACAAGUUGGACAGCACGAGCAGCAGGGCGCAAGAGCAGAGGAGGAAAUAACAUCAGAAGGGGUACUAUUGCUGCCUCACCAAUUACAACGUUUGUGGAUCGAGGACUGCCCAAAUUUGGUCCUCUGCCCAGGUUUACUCGACCACGACGAAGACGAAGGACGAACCGGAGGUGGAGGCCUCCAAGGUCUGACCUCCCUCACUACAUUAAUUAUAGAGAAAUGCCCCAGGUUCCUCUCCUCCUAUUCGUCGUCCUCCUCUUCUUCUUGUUUCCCUUUCCCAACCUCCCUGGAAUACCUCUGUCUGGAAGGCGUGGAGGGCAUGGAAACGCUGCUCCCUCUCUCGAACCUCACCUCUCUCACAGAGUUACGCAUAUCGGAAUGUGGGGAUCUUAAAGGCGAGGGACUGCAGUCUCUCCUCGCCCAAGGCCGUCUCACCAAAUUAAAUGUCCUCAAAACCCCCAAUUUCUUCACUGGUUCCGAGCCCUCACUGCCGCGUGAACCAGAGCUUCCAUCCUCUUCAUCCAAACUGCAGGAGCUUGACACGGAAGACGUCGCGGGUGUCCUUGCUGCGCCCAUCUGUGCCUUCCUCUCUUCCUCGCUCACCGAAUUGAACUUUUCGUGGGUCAAAGAGGUGGAGCGCUUCACAAAGGAGCAAGAGGAGACCCUUCAGCUCCUCACCUCCCUCGAGGGGAUCAGAUUUUGGUGGUGCGACAAGCUGCAGUGCCUCCCUGCAGGGCUGCAUAAACUUCCGAACCUCAAGAGAUUAAACAUCGACACUUGUAAAGCCAUCUGCUCGCUGCCCAAGGAGUGCCUCCCAAAUUCACUGCAAAAACUAGUGAUCAGAGGCUGCCCAGGCAUCCGGUCUCUUCCAAAGGUGGAAUACCUUCCAAGUUCGCUGCGAGAAUUGGAUGUCGGUGAUAGUAACAGCGAGGAACUAAGAAGGCAUUGCCGCAAGUUGAUAGGAACCAUUCCAAUAGUCAGAGCCUGAUUUACCCAAGGGCUAUUGUUUGAAUUGGGAUUUCACUGUAUCCAUACAUGAUUCUCAGUUGUCAAGCGUGAACAUCGCAGGAUAUAUCUAACACCCUGUACAUGAACAGUGAACCUUGAUGGAAAAAUAUUUACGAAGGUUUUAUAAGAUAUCCAUUCUCAAACACCUAAGGAGAGCAAUUUAUUUUUCUGAUAAGCGACGAAAUGUAUGCUACUCAACUGCGCAAGUGUAAACCUGCCUAACUGUUGCUACUGACAACAUUUUCUAGAUCAAGCUUGGCAUGCAAGCUGUGUUGGCACAAAGAUUUGGUUGAUUCAAGGAAAUUUCUGGCACUUCAGUGAUCAACAUAAAACUACUACUCUAGCUGGAGCAACUUCAGAUAUUCCUAGUGGUUCUAUGAUUGGCAGGUCCGGCCAGUGCCAUCUUAAGCAGCUGUGAACAAAGUGUUCCUUCACAUUGCACUCGUCUAGAUCAACAGAGUAUCUAAGGGUGGGCGCUCAGUCUGACCGAACUGAACCGAUCGGUUCUUCAGGUUUUAGCAGAUUUCGGUUACCUAAAACUAGGAACCGAUUGGUUCCAAAAGUUUCCAAGACUGAGUAGCUUCGUGCAUUCUAUGCUGCUCACACUUGCUUGCUUGUAUACGAGGAAUUAUGUCUCAUUGGAAGCUGACAUUGAGGGCGGGCACUGUACCUCCCUGCAUGCCCUGCUGCCCACCUACUGCAUCCUGACCACGGUCCGUGUGCGGGAUGGCUCGAGCACUGCAUUCUGGGAAGAUUCAUGGCUUCCGGAGGGGCCGCUCUGCGACGUUCUCCCGGCGCUCUACAGCCAUGUGGUCACUUCGGGCGCCACGGUGCGCGAUGUUCUACAAGGGGGCGUCGACCACUUCCUACGAAACAGGGCGCCACGGUGCAGUUGAUGCUGAACGGCAUGCAACUGAGGGACGGGGACGACACCCGGUGCUGCCCGCUGCAAGGAACCCACGGCGAGUCACUCUGAUGGUGGCCACGGACCUCUCUCCCUGCCACUUCGCCUCCUACGUCUGGAAGAAUCGUGCUCCGCCACGAGUGAAGUUCUUCAUCUGGCUCUUGGUCUAGGAACGAAUACCAUUACCGUGCAGGGGCAAUUUGGCCGAGAAGCACAUGGUGCCGAACGCCAGGUGCGACCUCUGUGGCCACCUGGAAGAGUGUCCGACAGCUCUCGCUCUCUGGGCACGCCUGGGGUACUGCGCAGGUUGCUGCAUGCGCUCCUGCCGUGAUGAUACAAAGCUCUGAGCGGCGCGGGUUCCUGGUGCUCGCUCUUUUCUCCCAUGCAGAACGCCGAUGUGAUAUCUUUCAUCCGUCCUGUAACCCCAAACUGCUGUAAACUGAACUGAUAUAGCCCUGUUUCGGACCUGAGAUCCUAAUGGAAGUUUCAGGUGGGGGAGUCUCCCCCGUGUCGACCUUUCACAAAAAAAAGUACGAUACUUAAAGUUUUGAAUUA